AUAUAAUUAAUGCAGGUAUCCAAAAUUAUUAUUUAUAAAUUAGCUAAUCAUUCCUAUUUGAUCCAUAUCAUAUCAAAAAUAAUCAGUCCCUAUGUUCUCUCUAUGUUCCAGCUGUAUCCGCUUCUUACUGCAUUAUUCAUUGCAUAUUCUUUUAUGUCUGGUACCUACUUUCUGAUCAGGAUAGUGCAGUGCAGCCUAAAAGACUAUGUGGUUAAGGUCCAUCUAAGUAAGCCAAGCACUCAUAUUUCUACAGCCUUCCUUCCAUUAGUUAGCUGGGUGUGCGGGCUAUAUUGACAGAGCUGCCCUUUGUACCUUGUUCCUAUACAGAAUCCAGAUGAUCCGGACACUGUAGAUAUCAUCAUGCAAAGCCUAGAUCGAGACCAUAACAAGAAAGUGGAUUUUACUGAGUAUCUUGUGAUGAUAUUCAAGCUGGCUCAGGCCUGUAAUAAAAUCAUCGGCAAAGAUUACUGCCAAACUUCAGGGUCAAAGCAGAGACACCACAGUUACCAGCACCAAGAGGAACAAAGUGAAACAGAAGAGGAGGAAAAAGGGCAAGAAUCAUCUUCCAGUCAUUCCAGUUGGAGUACAGGGGAGGAGAAUGACUCCUAUUCCAGGGACUCUAGAAGCAUUAAACACAAGACUGGAUCCAGCUCCAGAAGACUGGGAUAUCAAGGAGGUUUGUCUAGUUCUGAGCACAGGCAAAGCUCUGGGGAAAGGAGAGAGUCGAGUUCAGGAUACUCCAAGGGUAGGGGAAAAAACAAGCAUGGCUCUUAUCAGCCAGAAAGGUCUGAGAGUGAAGAAGUUGGUUCUACUCAUUCAAGCAAUCAUAGAAAAAGAUCAAACUCAGCAAAUAAGUCAGACAGUUGCGGAGAGCAAGAGCAUAUAAGCUACUCAGAAGAUCAGUCUUUCAGUUUUGACCAGCACUGGUCUGAUUCAAAUCAAUCCUUAGGGAAUAGACAACAUAGAAGAAGGUCAGACAAGUUCCCUAGUAAGCAGCACCAUGGAUUCAGCUCAAGUAGUUGUGGAGGACAAGACUCUUGGACAAAUUCAAAUGAGUCCACUGACUAUGGUCAACUAGGGUUUGGCUCAGGUCAGCCCUCUCAACAGAGACGGCAUGAACCAAAUGCUGGAUCUCAGUCAGGAAAAUGUGAAGAACAAGGAUAUCAUUCUAGUUCAAGUGAGUCCUCCAGUUAUGGAAAACACAGGUCAAGUUCAGGCCAGCCUUCUAGUCAGAAAAAACAUGGGUCUAGCUCAAGUGGUCAGUCAGGGAAUUGGAGAAAAGAAAAACAUGGAUCUGGCUCAGGCAAGUCCUCAAGUUUUGAACAAUAUGGAUCUAGUUCAGGUCAGUCAUCAAACUGUGGAAAACAUGGUUCCAGUAUAAAUCACUCAUCAAGUCAGGAGCAACAUAAAUCUAGCUCAAGUGGUCAAUCAGGACAUAAGGGACAACAAAAACAAUCAGGUUUUGAAUCAGGACAGUCAUCAAGCUAUGAAGAGUGUAAGUCUGAAUCAGGCCAGUCCUUAGGCAGUGGCAAGAAUCAACCAAGCUCGUUUCAGUCCUCUACUCAGAGAAAACAAAGCAACAGCUCUGGUCGUCAGUCAGAAAGUUGUGGUAGACAAAAGCAUGGGUCUGGCUCGGUUCAGUCCUCUGGCUGUGGUCAACAAGGGUCUGGCACUAAACAAUCUUCUAGCUAUGGUCACCAUGGGUCUGGUUCAGGUCAUUCUUCUAACCAUGCACAGUAUGAGACUGGCUCAGGACAAUCAUCUAGCCAUAGUCACCAAAAGUGUGGAUCUGGAGAGUCUUCUGGCUUUGGUCAAUAUGGUUCUAGCUCCAGUCAUUCUUCAAGACUAAAACACCAUGAAUACAACUCAGGUGGUCAUUCAGGGAGUUGUGGAAGACAAAAGCAUGGAUCUGGAUCAAGCCAGUCCUCUAAUCAUGGAAAAUAUGGAUCUGCCUCUAAUCAAUCUUCUAGUCAACAUGGCUUUGGCUCAGGUCAGUCUUCUAGCUAUGAACAACAGAGGUCUGGGUCACAACAGUCUUCUAGUUAUAGACAACAUAGGUUUGGAUCAGGACAGUCUUCUAGCUGUAGCCAACAUGGGUCUGGCUUAGGUCAGUCAUCUAGCUGUGGUCAACAUGGGUCUGGAUCAGGUCAGACUCUUAGCCAUAGCCGACAUGGGUCUGGUUCUGGUCAGUCUUCUAGCUAUGGUCAACAUGAGUCUUGCUCAGGUCAGUCUUCUAGUUUUGGACAACAUGGGUCUGGAUUAGGUCAGUCUUCUGGCUGUAGUCAACAUAGGUCUGGCUCAGGUCAAUCAUCCAGCUAUGAAAAACAUUGGUCAGGAUUAGGACAAUGUUCUAGCCAUAGCAAACAUGGGUCUAGCUCAAGUCAGUCUUCUGGCUUUGGACAACAUGGGUCUGGAUCAGUACAGUCUUCUAGCUAUGGUCAGCAUAGGUCUGGCUCAGGUCAGUCAUCUAGCUAUGGACAGCACGGGUCUGGAUCAGGACAGUCUUCUAGUUAUGGGCAACAUGAAUCUGGCUCAUGUCAGUCUUCUAGCUACAGUCAACAUGGAUCUGGCUUAGGUCACUCCUCUAGCCAUGGCCAAAAUGGAUCUAGCUCAGGUCAAUGUUCUAGUUACAGUCAACAUGGCUCUGGCUCUGGCUCUGGCUCUGGCUCUGGCUCUGGCUCUGGCUCUGGCUCUGGCUCUGGCUCUGGCUCUGGCUCUGGUCAGUAUUCUAACUCUGAGCAAUAUGGGUCUGGCUCAUGUCUGUCAUCUUGCUCUGAACAAUAUGAUUUUGGAUCUGGUCAACAUUCUAGCUAUGAGCAACGUGGACAAGUAGAAAGUUCCUCAGGUUGCGGCUUUGGACAAUUUACAACCUCCUAUGGACAGUCUAGAUCCAACACUGCCAGUAAAUUGUCAAUUUGCAAUGAGGUAUAUAGACAAAGUGGCAAUUGUUAUCAAAGAGGAAGUAACUGUGGAAGAGGAAGUACAGGCUCAAUUUCCCACAGUUUCUGCAGCAGCACUCCACUCUACGAAUAUGUCCAAGAGAGAAAUAAUAAGCAGAAGUGAAAUUAACUCAAACAGAAACUAAAGAAAUAACAAGCUGCUACACACAAACAAUUCAUGAAGAUAAUUCUUGUGUAUCUUUUUCUAUCUUUUUCUUUUAAACAUGUAACUGUACUCUAUUCCUUGUUAUUGGGUUCCUUCCAAAGAAUUUAAGGUAUGUGGGCUAGGGUUACUUUGUUAGGAAAAGCUGGGUUGAAUAAAUGAUUAGUGUGUGCAACUAAUUUUAGAAGAAUAAUGCAAAACAUUUAAGGAGCCUGGGGCUUAGUUGAGAUUCUUAUUCAUUAGAUGAUGCCAAAGCUAAGCAUGCGUAGACAUUGCCAGUCCUAGAGCCAAAGUUUUCUGUUACAGCAAUAUGUACCAUGAUUUUUGGCAUGUCACACAUUGAAUGGUGGCAGAGGGGAGAAGACCCUGAAAGCAGAGAUGCUACUUUGGUCAUUUCUUUGCCUAUCAAAACUACUAUAUCCCUAUACUGGAUGCAUCUUUAAUCAGUAAGCUAACAAGUAGCAUUAGAAAUUGUCAUCAGGUGCUUAUCCCUAGCCAGCGAGUAAAGGCAUUAUUUCUUAAAGAGCAGGGAUGGAUCAGUUCAGGAUCAAAAGAUUUAAGUGUGGACUCUGACUUGGUUUCAGCAAGAAAAAUUUUGUCCCCUACUCCUAAGAAUGUGCUCCAUGUUGGAAAACUUUGGAGACACCAUAGCAUGGCAAUUCUAUGACUUCAAUCUACUUUUACAAUUCAUUGGCCUUUCCACGUAGGAAAAGAUCACCCAUGCCCAGGCGGAAAAGGAAGACUACCUGACAAUGCUGUAUAGUUCCUUGGUUUGACUGUAACAUACUUGUUUCAAGUCUUUGGAGUCGAACAACUGGAAUGCUUUAAAACUGACAAUAAAUAAAUGGUGAUCAAAUAUUGAGUUUUGUCUCAUCUCUGCUUCAUUUUCAUACCUCACACACAGUUGGUCAGAUGAGAAACUAAUCCAAAUGGCUAUUGUCCAAGUUCCUAUCAUUCACAAGCAAUCCAGAAUAUACAAAGAAUUUUAAAACUCAAAAAUAAGACAAACAAUUAAAAAAAUGUGCAAAAAAAUUGAGUGGACACUUCACCAAAGAAGAUGUAUAAAUGGCCAAUUAUGCACAUAAAAUGACAUUCAAUAUCAUUAGUGAUCAGGAAAAUGCAAAUUCAAACACAAUGAGAUACCAUUACACGCCCAUUAGAAUAGCCAAAAUUAAAAAGACUGGCAAUACCAAAUGUGGAUAUUGAUGAUGAUCAAACAACCAGACCCACUGCCAUCGAGUUGAUUCCGACUCAUAGCAACGUAGAACUGCCCCACAGGGUUUCUAAGGAGCGGUUGGUGGAUUCAAACUGCCAACCUUUUGCUUAGCAGCCGAGUUUUUAACCACUGUUACCAGGGUCUCAGGUCCUCACUCAGCACAGCUGCAGAGGUACAAAAUGGCUGAAAGGCAAAGAAGAAGCUUUAUUUGGUUGGCCAAGCAAAGGAGCACACCAGGACUUGCGUCACCAAGAUGGGUCCCUGAACAAUAGCUGAAAGAGCUUCUAUUAGAGACAAAAACUGAGGAAGAGUCCUGGUGGGAAGGAGCAAGGUCAUUGAUUGGUCUGGACCGAAAAGGUGAGACCAAUUAGGAAAUAGACAGGCCCUGAGCUGAAAGCUGUGCCAGUGAGGGAUUUUAUAAAACAACUUUAAACAGCAGAUAACAGUAAAGAUUAGGAAGCCCCCCAUCCUGUUUCCUUCUAAUCUCCUUGCUUGAAGAUGUUUUUCAGGCAAACCAGCUGAAACCAGACCCCAGUGCAUGUGCUAUGAGACAAUCAGUGACCUGAAGUUGAACCCAACCUCUGAAACUCAUGUCAAGGAACCAAAAGACUCAAGUAGCCAAGCAGCUACUUCCGUGCUAAUUCCUAGCUUGGCCCCACAAUAAAUAUACAUGCCACUUCCCAGGAAUUUAAUAAAUAUGUAUGACUUCCCCUUUCCCUCAUAGUAUAAAACCUCCUCCAGCCCUUUGUUCAGAGAGACAGUGCUUUGAGAGUGAUCUCCCUGACUCCUUACUUUUCACAAGUAAUAAGCUAUGCCCUGCUUUAAAAUCCACUCAACUCUUAGUUAUUCUUAACAAGAGUACAAGCGGCAAGCCCAUUGCAUUCAGUAACAGGUGUUCCCAGGGCAGUUCCAUCUCUGCACUUGUUCAGUCCGAAAGGGGAUCUCUCAAACCAGAUCUUAGGCUCAGACCCUUCUCUUCUGAAAGUAUUCCCCCAAUCUUAGGCCACUAAAGUUUCGUUCCGUCCAGCAGGAGAAAAGUUUCAGGGUCACUACAGAGGACGAGGUUAAUGGUUCUGCACAUGUCAGGUGGGCCAAAUUUGGUCUGUGACCCCAGCCUCUUGUUUUUCUUAUCUUGGCAAGAAGUUGGCUGAUUGCCUAAGAAACAUCUGGAGAAACCAGUUAGAUGGGGAGGUGGCUCAUGCUACUCUACUUACAAGUUGGGAGGUGGCAGUGGUGCCUGGAGGCUGUCGGCUCCGACUGCACUACCAGGCCCCACAUUGCUGGUGGGAGAGUAAAACAAUACAGCUACUUUGGAAAAACAGUUAGGCGAUUUUUUAUAAAAUCCUUAUAAAGUUACUAUAUGACUCAGCAUUUCUACUUCUAGGUGAAAUGGACAUACGUCUACACAAACAGUUUUACAUGAAUGUUCCUAGCAGCUUUAAUCAUAAUCACCCAAAACUUGAAACAACCCAAAUGCCCACUAACAAAUGAAUGGAUAAACGAAUUAUGGCAUAAGUAGUAUAGUAGAAUAUUAUUUAUCAAGGAAAAAAGAACAAAAUACUGAGUGGUACAAGUACCUGGGUGGCACAAAGAGUUAAUGCUCUUGGCUGAUAACCUAAAGGUUGGCAGUUCAAGUACACCCAGAGAUGCCUGGGAAGAAAGGUCUAGAGAUCUAUUUCCUAAAUGUUUGCCAUUGAAAACCCAAUUGAGCACAGUUCUAUUCUGGCACACAUGAGGUUGUCAUGCAUAGGA